CCUACACUCCAGCAGGACCCUCAGAGAAUGGGAAAAAUUUUUGCUGAUUGACAGAGAUUAACUUAGACCCACUGAGCUACCUUUCUUCCUAGUUUUCUUGUUGCACAAUCAAAAUUAGUCUAGUAAUACCUUAGGGGACUUCCUUAAACUUUCCAGUACGUCAUUCAAGUCGCACAAGACUAGUACAGUAUUCCCAAGCCCCCAAAGGAAUGCUAUAUUAAGGAACUGGUGUCACUACUGGGGCAGAUUUAAGGUGGUUGUGUUGUGUGAGAAAUCUCACUUUAUAUUUCUAUAUGCCGUGGUGGUGUAGCCAUGUUGGUCACAGUAUAUUAGAGAGGCAAGGUGGGUUGGUCCAGUAAAAGAUAUUCACCCACUUUACAUUUACCAGUUUUCUAACUCAUGCUUUGUUUUUCUCUCUAAUAUGACAGUUGCAUUCAGGAAGGCGUAGGAAACUGUUUAAUACCUGCAACUUUAACUCCUCACUAACAAUUAUUUUGUGUUUUUUAUAUUUAUCAUUUUUACUUUUAAAAUUAGUACGAAAGUGAAGACAGACCAAGAGAGGUCAAUUACAGACAAUUUAAAUCGGUGGAAAUGAAACCUGAACUACUUAAUGGCCACAUACCAUCAGACAUUCCUAAGCCUAUAGUGAUGCCAGACUACUUAGCGAAAUACCCAGCAAUUCAGUCAGACGAUGAGCGAGAUGGCUAUAAAGCUGUGUUUAACGAUCAGUUUGCUGAAUAUAAAGAGCUCUCUGCUGAAGUUCAGGUGGUCUUAAAAAAGUUUGAUGAUUUGGAUGCAUUGGUGAGCAAGCUGUCUCUUCACCCUGGAAACACGCUGGAACAUGACAGAAUUUCAAAAGUUCUGCAAGAAUACAAAAAGAAGAAGAAUGUCCAUUUAUAUAUUAAUGUCUUGCCUUGAGAAGGCUUGCUAACAUUGUUCAGUUAUUUUUUUUAGAACCAGUCCAUUUUCUAUCCACAC